AUAAAUUGUACCCCAAUGAAAGCAAUACUUUCUAGCAUUUCAUCAAAUAAAAUUGCAGACAGGGAAGACCAAAGGGCUAUUAAAAUCAUGAAAAGGGUACUACUUUUACUAGGACUGCUGGUGUUGUUGUUGCAUGAUCAAGCUGAUGCUAAAAGGGUAUUAAUGGAGGAGGCUGCUCCAGCCCCUACAAUUGGUGCAAAAAGGGACACUGAAAACAGCAGUUAUAGUGACGAAGAGGAGAAAAACAACAGUUGUGGAAGCUAUGGGAAUCCAUCAGGAUCAACCACUAAGAAUCACCAUUAUUACAUUAGUGACAAACCGCCAGCAAAAGAACACUGAUAGUUUGUAAUGAAGACCAUAUGUUUAUGUGUGUAUAUAUAUAAGUACCAUAGAGACUAUAGGUAAAAGUAUUAUGGAGCCCAUUAUGCUAGAAGUCAGAUUGCAUUUUGUCUCAUCUAUUUAAAAAAUAAACAAAUUAGUCUCUAUAUAAAUUAAAAAGCAAACUGGCGGUCCCUAUAUUGAAAUUUCUAGUCAUUUUUACUAUUAAAAAUUGGUCAUUGUACAUCAUCACAAGAUACACACUAGUUUUUAGCUGGAGAAAUGCAUGAAAUUUUUAAUAGAAAUGACUAAUUUGCUCUUUGAUCUAAUAUAAAAGGACUAAUUUGCCCAUUUUUUUAAGUAAAGGGAUCAAAAUGCAAUCUGACUCCUAGUAUAGAAGCCUCCAUGAUACCUUACCCGACUUUGUAUAAUACAGGGUGUGUAUGGAAUUGAUGCAUCUACCAAGUACACUAAUGGUAUCAGAAUGUAUGUAUGUAUGUAUGUUGUUGGGAAAGCCAGAAGAUAUACUGUUUUUCCUUCUGCCGUUUAAUUUCUAA